AUGACGGUGCGGAGAGGAAAGAAGCUCAGCAUCUCCAUCCAGGAACACAUGGCCAUAGACGUCUGCCCCGGACCAAUCAGACCCAUCCAACAGAUCUCCGCCUACUUCCCCCGCCUCUCUCCCACCUCCCCCAACCCCACCUCCCCCAUCCCCGCCUCCUCCCCUCGGGCCCUCAGCCCCGGGGCCUCCAGGAUGGGGGGGGCUCACCUCCUGUCCCCCCUGCUGGCCCACGGUCGGCCCGGCGGCUCCUUGUCUCUGACCGGCAGCGUGGACACGUCGGUGGAGAUCCACAGCUCCGACAGUGACGACUGCACUGCUCUGGGGACUCUGGAGUUCGAGCUGAGGUACGAGCGGAGCUCCAGCGAGCUGCACUGCACGGUGCUGCGAGCCAAGGGUCUGAAGCCGAUGGACUUCAACGGGCUGUCGGACCCGUACGUCAAACUGCACCUGCUGCCCGGCGCCUGCAAGGCCAAUAAGCUGAAGACAAAGACGAUCCGUAACUGUUUGAAUCCCGUGUGGAAUGAAACUCUCACAUACGUCGGGAUCACGGAGGAGGACAUGCACAGAAAGACGCUCAGGUUGUCUGUGUGUGACGAGGACAAGUUGACUCACAAUGAGUUGAUCGGCGAAUCGCGGGUUCCUCUGAAACGUGUGAAACCAGAACAGACCAAACACUUCCACACCUGCCUGGAGCAUCCGCCCCCAAUGCCCUCCCCCACGGCGAUGGGCGAGGCUCUUCGGGGAAUCUCCUGCUACCUGAGGGAGUGGGAGAACGAGCAGCUCCACAGUCUGGAGGAGAGAGGUCGUCUUCUGCUAUCUCUGCAGUUUGUGCCUCCGCUGAGUUUGGAGGAUGAAGACAUGGAGGGAGGAGGAGGAGGAGGAGGAGGAGGAGGAGGAGGCCGUCGCAGCGGCGGUCUGUGUGUGGGAGUGAAGCGCUGCGCCCACCUGGCCGCCAUGGACGUCAACGGAUUCUCCGACCCCUACGUCAAAAUAUACCUGAAACCCGACAUCCAGAAGAAAUCCAAGCACAAAACCACAGUGAUGAAGAAAACCCUCAACCCUGAAUUCAACGAGGAGUUCUUCUAUGAGAUCUCUCUGACGGAGCUGAGCAACAAGACGCUGGAGGUGACGGUGUGGGACUACGACCUGGGACGCUCCAACGACUUCAUCGGUGGCGUCUGUCUGAGCUGUCACUCACAGGGCGACGCCCUCCGUCACUGGACGGACUGCCUGAAGAACCAGGGCCACAGGGUGGAGAGGUGGCACAUCCUGACCAAUGAGCUGCCACGAACCCUCAGCCACGAUUAA